UACAGGCGUCGAUUAGCAAGGUAAAAGUAACAGAACCAUGGCUCAGUUUCCAACACCUUUUGGAGGCAGCCUGGAUAUCUGGGCCAUUACUGUAGAGGAAAGAGCGAAGCAUGAUCAGCAGUUUCAUAGUUUAAAGCCAAUAUCUGGAUUUAUUACUGGUGAUCAAGCUAGAAACUUUUUUUUUCAAUCUGGGUUACCUCAGCCUGUUUUAGCACAGAUAUGGGCGCUAGCUGAUACGAACAAUGACGGGCGAAUGGAUCAAGUGGAGUUUUCCAUAGCUAUGAAACUUAUCAAACUGAAACUGCAAGGGUACCAGCUCCCUUCCGCACUUCCCCCUGUCAUGAAACAGCAGCCAGUUGCUAUUUCUAGUGCACCAGCCUUUGGAAUAGGAGGAAUCGCCAGCAUGCCACCACUUACAGCUGUUGCUCCAGUGCCAAUGGGAUCCAUUCCAGUCGUCGGGAUGUCUCCACCUCUAGUAUCUUCUGUUCCUCCAGCAGCAGUGCCUCCCCUGGCUAACGGGGCUCCCCCUGUUAUACAGCCUCUGCCCGCGUUUGCUCAUCCUGCAGCCACUUUGCCAAAGAGCUCUUCCUUCAGUAGAUCUGGGCCAGGGUCACAGUUAAACACUAAAUUACAGAAGGCACAGUCAUUUGAUGUGGCCAGUGCCCCUCCCGCGGCAGAAUGGGCGGUCCCUCAGUCAUCCAGACUGAAAUACAGACAGUUAUUCAAUAGUCAUGACAAAACUAUGAGUGGACACUUAACAGGUCCCCAAGCAAGAACUAUUCUUAUGCAAUCAAGUUUACCACAGGCUCAGCUGGCUUCAAUUUGGAAUCUUUCUGACAUUGAUCAAGAUGGAAAACUCACAGCAGAAGAAUUUAUCCUGGCGAUGCACCUGAUUGACGUCGCGAUGUCUGGCCAACCACUGCCACCUGUCCUGCCUCCAGAGUACAUUCCACCUUCCUUUAGACGAGUUCGGUCUGGCAGUGGGAUAUCUGUCAUCAGCUCGACGGCAGUAGAUCAGAGGCUACCAGAGGAACCAGUUCUAGAAGAUGAACAGCAACAGCUAGAGAAGAAAUUGCCUGUGACAUUCGAGGAUAAGAAGCGCGAGAAUUUUGAGCGAGGCAACCUGGAGCUGGAGAAGCGCAGGCAGGCCCUCCUGGAGCAGCAGCGCAAGGAGCAGGAGCGCCUGGCGCAGCUGGAGCGCGCCGAGCAGGAGAGGAAGGAGCGGGAGCGCCAGGAGCAGGAGCGCAAGAGGCAGCUGGAGCUGGAGAAGCAGCUGGAGAAGCAGCGGGAGCUCGAGCGGCAGAGAGAGGAGGAGAGGAGGAAAGAAAUCGAGAGACGAGAGGCUGCAAAACGAGAACUUGAAAGGCAACGACAGCUUGAAUGGGAACGGAAUCGAAGACAAGAGCUGCUCAAUCAAAGAAACAAAGAACAAGAAGACAUAGUUGUACUGAAAGCAAAGAAGAAGACUCUGGAAUUUGAAUUAGAAGCCCUAAAUGAUAAAAAGCAUCAACUAGAAGGAAAACUUCAAGAUAUCAGAUGUCGCCUGACCACCCAAAGGCAAGACAUCGAGAGUACAAACAAGUCCCGGGAAUUGAGAAUUGCGGAGAUCACCCAUCUACAGCAACAAUUACAGGAGGCUCAGCAAAUGCUUGGAAGACUUAUUCCAGAGAAGCAGAUACUCAAUGACCAAUUAAAACAAGUUCAACAAAACAGUUUACACAGAGACUCACUUCUGACACUCAAAAGAGCGUUAGAAGCAAAAGAAGUGGCUCGUCAGCAGCUCCGAGACCAACUGGAUGAAGUUGAGAAGGAAACCAGGUCGAAACUGCAGGAGAUUGAUAUUUUCAAUAAUCAGCUGAAGGAACUAAGAGAAAUACAUAAUAAGCAACAACUCCAGAAACAAAAGUCCAUAGAGGCUGAACGUCUGAAACAGAAAGAACAAGAGCGAAAGAUCAUAGAGUUAGAAAAACAAAAAGAAGAAGCCCAAAGACGAGCUCAGGAGAGAGACAAGCUGUGGACUGAGCAGGCGCAGCAGGAUGAUGAGCAGCAGCGGCCCCGGAAGAUCCACGAUGAAGAGAAACUCAGAAGGGAGGAGAGUGUCAAAAAGAAGGACGGUGAGGAGAAAGGCAAACCGGACGCUCAAGACAAGAUGAGUCGGCUUUUCCAUCAGCAUCAAGAACCAGCCAAGCCAGCCUCCCAGGCGCCCUGGUCCACCACAGAAAAAGGCCCACUUACAAUUUCUGCACAGGAGAAUGUAAAGGUGGUGUAUUACCGAGCGCUCUACCCCUUUGAAUCCAGAAGUCAUGAUGAGAUCACAAUCCAGCCUGGAGACAUAGUAAUGGUGGAUGAAAGCCAAACUGGAGAACCGGGCUGGCUUGGAGGAGAACUAAAAGGAAAGACAGGAUGGUUCCCUGCAAACUAUGCAGAGAAAAUCCCAGAACACGAGGUUCCCGCUCCAGUCAAGCCCGGCCCUGACACGACCUCUGCCCCUGCACCCAAACUGGCCGUGCGCGAGACCCCCACCCCUGUGGCCGUGACCGCUGCGGAGCCCUCCACAACCCCCAACAACUGGGCCGACUUCAGCUCCACGUGGCCCACCAGCACGAAUGAGAAGCCAGAAAGCGACAACUGGGACUCGUGGGCAGCCCAGCCCUCCCUCACCGUGCCCAGUGCUGGCCAGCUACGGCAGAGGUCAGCCUUCACUCCGGCCACGGCCACUGGCUCCUCCCCAUCCCCUGUGCUGGGCCAGGGUGAAAAGGUGGAGGGGCUACAGGCGCAAGCCCUGUAUCCUUGGAGAGCCAAAAAGGACAACCACUUAAAUUUUAACAAAAACGAUGUCAUCACCGUCCUGGAACAGCAAGACAUGUGGUGGUUUGGAGAAGUUCAAGGUCAGAAGGGUUGGUUCCCCAAGUCUUACGUGAAACUCAUUUCAGGGCCCAUAAGGAAAUCUACAAGCUUGGAUUCCGGUUCUUCAGAAAGUCCUGCUAGUCUAAAGAGAGUCGCUUCUCCAGCAGCCAAGCCGGCCGUUUCGGGAGAAGAAUUUAUUGCCAUGUACACUUACGAGAGUUCUGAGCAAGGCGAUUUAACCUUUCAGCAAGGGGAUGUGAUUUUGGUUACCAAGAAAGAUGGUGACUGGUGGACAGGAACGGUGGGCGACAAGUCUGGAGUCUUCCCUUCUAACUAUGUGAGGCUUAAAGAUUCAGAGGGCUCUGGAACUGCUGGGAAAACAGGGAGUUUAGGAAAAAAACCUGAAAUCGCACAGGUGAUUGCCUGCUAUACCGCCACGGGCCCCGAGCAGCUCACCCUGGCCCCUGGGCAGCUGAUCCUGAUCCGAAAAAAGAACCCAGGUGGAUGGUGGGAAGGAGAGCUGCAAGCACGUGGGAAAAAGCGCCAGAUAGGCUGGUUCCCCGCUAAUUAUGUGAAACUUUUAAGCCCUGGGACGAGCAAGAUGACUCCAGCAGAGCCACCCAAGCCGACGGCGUUGCCGGCAGUGUGCCAGGUGAUCGGCAUGUACGACUACAUCGCCCAGAAUGACGACGAGCUGGCCUUCAGCAAGGGCCAGAUCAUCAAUGUCCUCAACAAGGAGGACCCCGACUGGUGGAAAGGAGAAGUCAGUGGACAAGUGGGGCUCUUCCCCUCCAACUACGUGAAGCUGACCACAGACAUGGACCCAAGCCAGCAAUGAAUCAUAUGUUGUCCAUCCCCCCCUCAGGCUUGAAAGUCCUCAAAGAGACCCACUAUCCCAUAUCACUGCCCAGAGGGAUGAUGGGAGAUGCAGCCUUGAUCAUGUGACUUCCAGCAUGAUCACCUACUGCCUUCUGAGUAGAAGAACUCACUGCAGAGCAGUUUACCUCAUUUUACCUUAGUUGCACGUGACGACCAUGUCGAGUUCUGACUUGCAGAGAUAGAAGCCAACCUUACAAAAUUACACAGGGUAGUGGGUCCUUUUGUGGCUUUCCUAGUGACUCGAAUUGACUUCCCCCCCCACCUUGGCACAGGUGCUUUCAAUAGUCUCACCCGUGUUUUUAAAAAUAUACUUUAGCCUUUUAAUAAAAAUCAAUAAAUUUCUCCUUGGCCAUUUUGGUUUUGCAAAAAGACCCACUAUCGAGGAAUUCUGCGUGUGCUACGGAAAAAACAAAAAACUGUUCUGAAUGUCCAUAAAUCUGAGACUUGAUGUAUCUUCUUUGUUCAUUUUGCCCAGUGUUACCAGUGAAACUGUGUAGUUUGGGUUUCCCCCACCCCCUUCUGUAGUAGCACAGAGGAAUUCAGUGUAGACGUGUAGAAGGACCCCGAUUAAAUGGAAAGUGUUUGGUGCCUGUUCGUGUGUAUCAGAUGGACCCCGCCGAGCGCGUCAUAACACAUCCUGUACAUAAGAACUUAGUUCUUCCCGAGGCAAAAAGCCUUCCCCUUGUACGACGCUCUCCUCACACCGCAUUAAUUUGACUUGCACAAUGACCUUGUAGCCACAGGAGAGAGCACCCGUGUUUUUGUUCGGUCUCAGAUCUACCUGGUUGAGUUGGUGUCUUCUGUUUGGGGUUUUCAAUCUUGCGUGUUUUCAUACCAUGAAAUCCGUAGGCGACACCGCUGAGGUUGUCACAAUCAACAGCAUCUACGAUCUCUUCUUAGUCUCUGUUACAUGAAGUUUUUAUUCCAGUUACUUUUUCAUGGAAUGACUGAUUUUGAACAAGUAAUUUUCUUGACAAAAAAGAAUGUAUAGAAGUCUCCCUGCAAUUAAUUUCCAAUGUUUACAUUUCUUUAACUAGACUGUGGUAUUUCUGCAUUUGAUAUGAAACGGAACUCACGGUCCGUGUAUGUGUCAGAUGUGUCGUAGCCGAAGCCACGUGUGUCGUUUAAACACUAGUUGGAAGCUCUCAAUAAAAAUGCCUGUCGCCGACAGCACAGGACGCCGGGUGGGGGGAGCCUCGGCGCAGUCUCACGGUGCCGCCAAUGCCUUUGUAACCUGAAGCCACCUGUUGUCACACCUCCCUCGGGAGCGUCUGUGCAGAGGUCCUCCCACACUCACAUGGCGCAGAGAACGGAGGCUGCUCCUCCUCGUUCCCUUGCGUUUCAGUAUUUUCAUGGAUAUGAAUGUAAGAUAUAUAAAUAUAUAAACCUGCGGCUUUAACAACUGUAAUACAACUUUUUGGAUUAGUUACAUGUAUAGAUAAUUAAAUUCUUCAUACAAAAGUUAGACGGAAAUGUCUCUGUGUUUUGAUGUUGGAACCUGGCAGUGGUGACGGGGACCCAGAGAGACUAGAUGGCAGCAGGGGGGGCCGGCUGCCCACGUGUCUGUGGGGACGCUUGGGCUUUGAGAUACAGACGCCGUCCACUCCUCACGGAGUCGUCUUUGAACGGCGCCCUGACCCCCACCCCUGACCUUGCUACCCGCUCCUCCCUGAUCAAGGAUCGCCCCUCACAAGAUGGGUUUUGAAGACGAGAAUGACAGCACAGCUGAGUGGCUAACUGUCUCUUCGGGCUUUCGGUGUACGUCCUUGGUACGGUGACAGGCGCAUGACUGGACUCAGGGCACAAAACAUUGUUCCGAAAGAUGUAUCAUAAUAAGUGUCUGUCGAAUGUCCAGAGAACGUGUGGGUGGAGGUGGAAACUUCACGGCUUCCAUACUGCUCUCCGCCAUCCGUUACUGCCUCGCACGCCAGUCUCGUCGCCUUUGCAGAAAUAAACCAGCAUACGUGUUGACAAAAC